CCGCAGCGCUUUACAAUGGGUGGAUGAACAUACAUGUAGUUGUAACCAGACAAGUUGGACACACAGGAACAGAGGGGUUGAGGGCCCUGCUCAAUGAGCUUACAUGCUAGAGGGAGUGGGUUAAAAAGACACAAAAAGGUAAGGAUAGUAUUAGACUAGUGACAGUUGCAGAAGAGGAAUCAGUCAGGAGCUAUUAACAGUUUAAUUGUUACGCUUUUAUGAAGAAGUGGGUCCCCCUAGACACUUGCUGCUGGCUCCCUUGCUGUCAGAAGCUCUGGUCACUGAUCUAGGUGUAGCUGACACUCUCAGGCUUGGAUUACACCCCACAUGGCUCCUUUAUUUGGGUGGGCUCAGGUGGGGAGCGGCUAUUUGGGCCUCACAGAUUUAGACCUAGCCACAACAUGAAGAGACAAGAUGGCGGUGAACCAGAGACUGUGUGGCCAUGUGAGUGGGGGCUGGGACUUUCCCCUUGGUGACUCAGGGAGCUGAGUCGCCUAUUAUUAACUGUGUGUUAAUCCCUUUACCUAAGGUAUAAUGUUUUACUGUGUAUGCAAAGUAGGUGUUCCGUGAUUAUUGUGUCCUAUUCUGUUCAGUGUGAUUGGUUGUUUGUCUCUGUCCAGUAUGAUUGGCUGCUGCCCCAAACCCUUGUGUGUUUACUAAUGAGUUUACUUGUAUACAAAUAUCUGGGUGUGUCUAAUAUAAGUUAGUUCCUGUUCUACCCUCAAUCUGUGUGUGUUUGCUGUUCUUGGGGGAGGGGUGUUAGCUGACUGAAUCUUUUGUGAACGAGCUGACAUCUGUGGUUUGGCGGUGGGAAGAAGCUGUUCAGACAGGUGUGUUCAGUUGGGGCACAGGUGACCCCUUACAUUGGUGGCAGUGGCGGGAUCUGCUUCUUCCAGCAAGGAUCCAAACGACAGCAGAGAAGAGAAAGUGUACCUUGGCGAGGAAGAGCCAACAGAGGACCCAUGGAGUGCGAGUGGCUGAUGUGGACGCCUGGAUACAAGACAAUGCUGAAAGGUGUGGAAAAGAAGAAUCUCAGCAGAAUGCAGAGAAGGCCGGCAAUCUACGGAGCCAGCCCCUCUAAAGUGGCCAUCCGAGUAAGUAUCACUGAGGUGGGGAAACAGACCACAUGGUGUAAGGAGAUUCGGAUGACGGAAAUGCUGGGGACAGAUACCUCUGAUGUGGAAGCUCCAGUGUGGGACUUUGAACGCAGAGUUGAAGUUGCCAACUCUCAGUGAUAGGAGGGCCAUUUCCAGAGGAGAAGUGCCUAGAAUGGAGAGCCUUGAUUAGGCUAGAGUUGUGGGAAAACACCCACGAGGAGUGUCACAGACGCCGAGGCCAAGUCCUGUUUACCCCAGAACAGAGCUUCGGGGACCAGGUCAGUUUGCGGCUACACAUCCUCGGGGAUCAACAUACGAGUAGAGAAGCAGCCGAGUUAUGGAGGCUUGUACAAAAAGAGAAGCAGCUCGAGGAAGGAUACCGAGCAUUAUAUUGGCCUGUGAACCAACAGCAGGCGAGGUCAGAGAUACCCUAUUCUCUGGAAAGGAACGACCUCGGCAGCAGCGACCUACUAUGGGAGGCAUUUGCAGAAAAUGAAGACUUUGUCAGUCCUGAGGAUAUAGGUUCUAGGACAUCCAAGCCAAGAGACAGGAGAGAUUGCCGCCCUCUGAGGUACUGGCUCUAGGUCAAGAUCUUGAUUGGCUAGUCUACCAGGAGUGGUACCUCGAGGCAGACUACCUAGAACUGUUUGAGCAUAACCUCUCACUGCCACUGAGUACACGGAAUCAGGAGACCGGGUACUUGAAGCUGAUGGCGCAGAUGGGAUCGUGGUCUCUGUACCUGGAGAGCUGGGUGGCUGACCCAGACCUGAAAUACCCAGGAUUAGAUACCCUAGCUGCUGUACCACCUUC